UUGAGGCAAUGAGCCAUACUGCAACGAUUGACAAAAUAGGUGAUGAAUUGGCCGAUAAAGAACAUGAGCACAAUUCUUUAGGAUUAAUGGGCCAAUCUGAUCAAUACCCUUAGACUUGGACGGAUUCAAACGAGUUAGAGCAUUGAACACAUCAUCCACUGUGGGCGUGGCAUUGUCUGCAAUUAUGGAGGGUGGUGUAUUUAAAUGGAUCACAUUUCAAGAGAUACUGUUUCUCUUCAUAUCUUGUUCAGUAUUAGCGUUCCUAUUAAGAUCACAGGAUAGCCUAGAGUUUAAACUAGUACUUAACGUAACUACUGAGGAAAGGGCGGCGAGAGAGAAUUAUGCCAAUCAGAAAUUCCCUCUUAGAAAUGAAAAACUUCCUUUGCCUAUUGUAACUGAUUUGGAAAGUGAUGGACAAACAGAUGUUAUACUAGUCAGUGCUGAUAAGGUACUCAAUGUAUACUCACGCCAUUAUACACCUUCUUAUCUUGGACACCAUGGGAUCAAACACAGUAAUAAAAAUGUGUCAUUGUCAAAGACGUCACGUGUUGUUGCUAUGACAACCGGUUUCCUACAACCAUACCAGUCAGUGGUACAAGUACGCAAGCAGGUAAUAGCAGUCCUGUAUUCUGAUUGGACGCUCAGUUGUUAUAAUCACAACCUCAAACUGAUGUGGAGCCAAAAAUUGAAUGAAAAGGAAAUCCCAAUUUCCAGUGAAGCUAGUUUGUUAGUGUCGGCCAUUAGCAUCAAGAAGAGUCCAGCUGGAGUUAUACUAGUAGGAGGAAGAAUUAAUGGAAACUAUGACAAUAAUAAUAAUAAUGAUAAUAUUGGAGGAGAUAGUGAUAAGAGAAGGAUGAGAAGAGGAGCAGAACAGGAAAAGAUGGAGCAUCAAAAAUUGGAGUCAUUGGGUCAUUAUUGUACUUAUGCUGUUAGCGGUAAGACUGGCGAGUUGCUAUGGAAACACGAACCAGGAGACUUUGAGGUCCAUCCUGCAUAUGACAUUGGAUUAUCAUCAUUCACACAUUUCAAGUUAUUAUUUCAUAAAUAUUUACUACAUGAAGGAGAGGUCUCCUGGCAUCAGUACAGCUCAGCUAUUCGUCAAAUAAUGCCUCAUUCGUGGACUGAUGAUUUUGAUACAAAGUUAGAGUUGGCACAAUUUAAUAAAGAUAAGAAGAAAUCAGAUGAACCAGGAGUCACUGAUCAUAAGGGGGUGUCACUUACAUAUAGACUGUAGUUACACUUGCGACCGCGAUCAAAAGCUUUGAUCUGCAUAAAAAGACCUUUGAUACCUUGAUCUACACGCUUGAUUUCCCUUGAUGCUUGAUUUUGAUGAGCUCACGUGCGUGCACAGCUAAUUAAAAAUUCAUAGAUCUGCAUAAUCAAAGAUAUACGGAAAAUAUACAUAUCUUGAUGCCUGCUACGACUGUCUUGAUCCCUUGAUUGCAAUCCGAUUGUCCCUUUGAUGUCUUGAUUUUGAUUUGAUCGCGGUCGCAAGUGUAACUACAGGCUUGAUGAAAUUGAUACCCCCUUGCUCUUUCUCUCUCUUUCUCUUCCCCCUCUCUCUCUCUCU